AUGAACAUCCCUGAAGAGUUGAACGACGCCAGCGUCGGAUCCCAACUCAGGGCGUGGUAUUCUGUGGAACAGAAUGAUACGUUCGCCGAGUUUGUCGAUUGGCUUGGCGACAAAUAUCAUGAAUGCUCUGAACGUGGGGAAUAUAUUGAUAUUGAGGCCUCUCAGUCUAACACCCCUCGAGAGUUGAACAAAACCAACAUCGGAUCUCAAAUCAAUGCGUGGCUCAACGCCCGUGUGGUACAGAGGAGGGAGAUGUUCCUUCAGUUUGCCACGUGGUUCGCCUCCAUAUAUAAUUUUAAACUCAAAAUCAAAACCCCUCAAGAGUUGAACGAGGUCAACGUCGGGUUCCAAAUCAGCGCAUCUCUCGACGCCCGUGCGGAACAGUAUGAUACGUUCAAUGAGUUUGCCAAUUGGAUCGCCUCCAAAUAUAAUGAAGCCUCUGGACGUGGCAAGAAUAUGGAUGGUGAGGCCCGUGACUAUGGUGAACUGAUUGAGGGCGUUGAGAGAGCAAAAUUACCUAAGCUGGUAGAUCUUGUAUCUGGAAAAGUCAGGGCAGGGGUACUCUCAUCAUACCUAUCAAUUGAAGACGAGAUAGAAGAAGCACCUUGGGCCGAAUCCUGGACAAUUAAUAAAUCACUGGUGAAUUUCAAGGGUCCCCCAUGGCCAGUCUACAUCAACAGCCCUUUGAUGUCAUACAGGCUGGAUGACGAGUCGAAAGGUGACGAUUGGAGACUGAAGCUUUCUUCCGUCACGGAAAGAAUUCCAGAAAUUUGCGAUGUGUCCAACUCCAAGUCUAAUGAAUGGAAUAUCUUUGUUGCCCCUUCCCAAGGCUGGGACUGUAGGUCUAUCAGAGCAAUUCGUCUUACGGUGGUGCAUUUCCACAGGCAACUGGCGUACCUGCUACAGACCCACAUCAUGGAAGAAAGUUUCCGGCCUGGCGUGGUCGGGGGCUUCCCAGAAUAUGACCCGCCGAAGGCCUUUCGCGCAGUUUACCUUCGAGAAUUUCAUAACGACUUCUAUCUAGGAUUCAAUAACCUCCACAGAUACAUGCUAACACUUCGUAUCUUCGACCAUGGUGAUGGUGCCUUUGAAGAAAUUUACCUCUGGACCCAAUUGCUCUCCCGACUUAUGGAGGCAUCUCUGGCGGUUUCCCCAGAGAAGUUGAAAGAGUAUAAGAGAUCUCGCGAAGGACUGAUCCAGUUCCUCCUGGAAAAUUCCAGGUGUUGUGGGUCGGAUGACAUUAUCGAAGCUAUAGCGGAGAUGACUGUCGAGGAAGGGGAGGUUGAGGAAGACUGA